AUGAGCACAGCGCCAUUUAAUAAUAACAUCCCGGGCUCAUUUCCAGGUACCGAGCUGCCGUCGUAUCCUCCUGGGCCCAGUGCAAACUCUGCGCAGUUGGCCAGCCAAGUCACGGAACACAAGCUCGAGAGCAAAUUCAUCUCGAAUCAAGCUGUCUACCGCAAAACCAAAGACCAACAUGACAUCCUCCGACAGUUGGAAGCUGUAUGCUAUUUGCUCAUUUUUUACCAGUUUGUUCGAUUUUGCUACUGCGCAUGCAUCAUACCGACGCUAUGCCACAUUGUACAAGUUGCGCUCGUGAAUUACAACCUCGCCAUUUCCACGGAUGGAGAGACUUUCUUACAGAUAUUGUUUGAAGAUGAAGAUGCCGAGUCGCGAAUAGACUCGUUGCGGCUGAAACUACCGCGGUUCCUCCAUAGCUUGUACGUCAAGACGAUAUUUGUCUUGUUGUACCAUACGCUAUUCGUUUGCACUUGGAUGGUGUCGUUGGUGAAUGAGGAGAAAGUGGCGGAACUCAGCACGGGCACAUGGUGGUUUGUCUCGUUUAUAGGAGAAGAAGUGCCGCGGAUAUCGCCGCACGAGUCGUUUGCGACGAAAAUUGUCAAGUUGGGAUUGCCGCAGUUGCUCGUGCUAGACUUGAUUAUUCUUUUCAUCCAGCUUGUACUGUUCCAGUGCAUCUUUUGGCAGAGCGCCACCUUUAGUGGGAGAAGUGCUAAUGAGAAGGAGGUUUACUUGAUCAGGGGCAAGAAUGUCGGAGUUGGGAUCGCUGGCGAUGCCAGUGUAGAGGAUUAUGGGCACGGUGUCAUUUUGGCUUUGAAGGUGCGACUAUAUGAAACGUUGAAGUUUGAACUGUUUUUCCAAUCGGAAGGCUCUACACAAAUCUAG